CACUUGCUUUUGCUUCUUGUGUAACAAAAAUUUCAACUAUUUUUAGUUGAAAACUCCAAAUUUCAAUUAUGAGUGAAGAAGGCAAGGACAGUCAUUAUCACCACCAUGACCACCACUAUGGCCACCACCACCACCAUUAUGGCCACCACCAUCACCACCAUGAGGAGACCCAACCACCCCCACCAUGGCUACCAACAGCACCACCAGUAGUAGCUGAAUAUGGUACUUUUCAACCAGUAAUCGGUUUUCCUCUGCCAGUUCCUCCACCUGGAUCAGUACUUGAACCUUCUGAAUACUAUGCUCGUGGCUAUCAGUCUGUUCCAGUUCCUCCACCUGGAGCAGUACUUGAACCUUUUGAAUACUAUGCUCGUGGCUAUCAGUCCGUUCCAGUUCCUCCACCUGGAGCAGUACUUGAACCUUCUGAAUACUAUGCUCGUGGCUAUCAGUCCGCUCCAGGUUAUCUGGUUGAUGAGAGGAGACCUGUGACAGAGCCCCGCCUUCCUUUUGGUAUUGGUCUUGGCUGGUUCUUGUUCAUUAUUGGUUUCUUUCUUGCUGGCUUCCCUUGGUAUGUUGCUCCAUUUAUCCCGCUUUGCAACAGAUCAAUUGAUCAUCGAGAGAAAUCAGGAUACAUUGCAUGCACCAUUGCUGCUGUUCUUGCUGUAAUUGGUAAUAUCGUAUUUGGCUUGACAUGGAUAUUAUUAACAGCAUAAUGGUGAUCAACAUCUGUGGAGUAUUCGUGUUCUAGCUAGUUGGCUUGAUUAAUCCACAUUUAUUCAGAACAUUUCUGUAAAACAAAAGUUACAUGUUUUAAUUAGAUAUAUA